AGAAGGGGCAUUUCCGGAAAUUGGCGAUGGAUGUCCAGUUUACGCCUUCACGUUGUUCCGCUUUUGGCACGCAAGAAAGGGAGAGAAAGAGAAAGAGAAAGAAAGAGCGAGAAAAUAAGGGAGAAUAGUUGCAGAGGAGGUCUGCUUCGGUCUUCUUCUUCCCAAGCUGGGGCUUAAAGGUCCAUCAUUGGAACCUCUGCAACAAUACUUCCCCAUAUGUAGAGCAAACGCAACGUAUUCCAAUCCGCGUACUUAGAAUCGAAUCGGGGAAUGCCGUAUAGUUCAGAGGGAGGGACAAUAAGGAGGGAGAAACAGUCGUCUAAUGUGUCUGCAUUAUUCGGACCAAUAUUGUAGCGGUUGGGGCAAAUACCGGAUCUUGUCAAUCUGUUUCUGUUGGAUUGAAUGAAUCUUUUAUUUCGUUGACAUUGUGCGGUUCUUCUCCAACACAGCGUCGAGACAGAAUAAGCUGAGGCGCCGAUCCGAUUCCGGUUAAUUUUUGUCUGAAAAUGUCUGUUCCAGUCAAAGUAGUGGUUGGGUCUCACGUUUGGGUGGAGGACCCUGAGAUAGCUUGGAUAGAUGGAGAAGUUGUGGAAGUUAAUGGUGAAGAAAUUAAAAUAAUCUGUACAUCAGGGAAGACGAUUGUUGCCAAUCCAUCCGAUGUCUACCCAAAAGAUACUGAAGCUCCUCCACAUGGCAUCGAUGAUAUGACAAAGCUGGCUUAUCUGCACGAACCAGGGGUUCUGCAGAAUUUGAGAUGUCGAUAUGAUAUUAAUGAAAUUUAUACUUAUACAGGAAGUAUAUUGAUUGCCGUGAACCCUUUUCAGAGACUGCCUCAUUUGUAUGAUAAUCAUGUGAUGGAGCAGUAUAAAGGGGCAGUCUUUGGUGAGCUGAGCCCACAUCCUUUUGCUGUUGCUGAUUCUGCUUACCGACUGAUGAUUAAUGACGGAGUGAGCCAGUCCAUUUUGGUAAGUGGAGAAAGCGGAGCUGGUAAGACAGAAAGCACGAAAAUGCUUAUGCAAUAUCUUGCCUAUAUGGGUGGGAGGGCUGCAGCUGAGGGGCGGACAGUGGAGCAGCAAGUCUUAGAGUCCAAUCCUGUUCUAGAAGCGUUUGGUAAUGCAAAGACUGUCAGAAACAAUAACUCUAGUCGAUUUGGUAAGUUCGUGGAGAUUCAGUUUGAUCAAAGGGGAAGGAUUUCAGGAGCUGCUAUCAGGACUUAUUUACUGGAGCGAUCUCGUGUUUGUCAAGUAUCCGAUCCUGAGAGAAAUUAUCAUUGCUUUUAUAUGCUUUGUGCUGCACCACCUGAGGAUGUUGAGAAGUACAAAUUGGGAGAUCCAAGAACAUUUCACUAUCUAAAUCAGUCAAAUUGUUAUGAGUUAGAUGGAGUGAAUGAUUCAAAAGAGUACCUUGCAACUAGGAGAGCCAUGAAUGUUGUUGGGAUCAGUUCUGUUGAGCAGGAUGCAAUAUUCCGAGUUGUGGCUGCAGUUCUCCAUUUAGGCAACAUUGAGUUUGCAAAGGGACAGGAAAUAGAUUCUUCUGAACCGAAGGAUGAUAAAUCUCGGUUCCAUCUUAGAAUGGCAGCUGAGCUUUUUAUGUGUGAUGAGAAGUCUCUUGAGGACUCCCUCUGCAAACGUGUGAUUGUGACUCGUGAUGAGACCAUAACAAAAUGGCUUGAUCCGGACUCCGCAGCUGUCAGUAGAGAUGCUCUGGCCAAAAUUGUUUAUUCCAGAUUAUUUGAUUGGAUUGUGGACAAGAUCAAUAAUUCUAUUGGGCAAGAUCCUGAUUCAAAAGUCUUAAUUGGGGUUCUGGAUAUUUAUGGAUUUGAGAGUUUCAAGACAAACAGUUUUGAGCAAUUUUGUAUCAAUUUGACAAAUGAGAAACUGCAGCAACAUUUCAAUCAGCAUGUAUUCAAGAUGGAACAAGAAGAAUAUACAAAAGAAGAAAUUGACUGGAGUUAUAUAGAUUAUGUUGAUAAUCAAGAUAUUCUUGAUCUCAUUGAGAAGAAACCUGGUGGCAUCAUUGCUCUUCUGGAUGAGGCAUGUAUGUUUCCAAGGUCAACGCAUGAGACAUUUUCACAGAAGCUUUACCAAACAUUUAAAAGUCAUAAACGCUUCAGCAAGCCAAAGUUGUCACCUACUGACUUCACCAUUUAUCACUAUGCUGGUGAUGUCACAUAUCAAACUGAGCACUUCCUGGAUAAAAACAAAGAUUAUGUUGUUGCUGAGCAUCAAUCACUUCUGAGUGCUUCCAGGUGCUCCUUCGUGGCAGACUUGUUCCCACCUUUACCAGAGGAGUCUUCCAAAACAUCGAAGUUCUCAUCAAUAGGUUCUCGGUUUAAGCAACAAUUGCAAUCUUUGCUUGAAACACUGAGUGCCACUGAGCCACAUUACGUUCGCUGUGUGAAGCCAAAUAAUCUUCUUAAGCCAUCAAUCUUUGAGAAUAAUAAUGUUCUACAGCAACUACGUUGUGGGGGUGUCUUGGAAGCAAUUAGGAUCAGUUGUGCUGGAUUUCCCACAAGAAGAACAUUUGUUGAGUUCAUUGCUCGUUUUGGCAUCCUUGCACCUGAUGUCUUGAAGGGGAGCUGUGAUGAGGUUACUACUUCCAAGAGGAUUCUGGAGAAGGUGGACCUUAAAGGGUAUCAGAUUGGUAAAACAAAAGUGUUUCUUAGAGCUGGUCAGAUGGCAGAACUAGAUGCUCGUAGGAAUGAGGUUUUAGGAAGAUCUGCUAGCAUUAUCCAGAGAAAAGUUCGUUCAUAUCUAAGUCGUAAAAGCUUUGUCUUGUUGCGGCAAUCUGCCAUACAAAUUCAAGCCUCAUGUCGAGUUCAAGUUGCAUGCCAUCGUUAUGAAAAAAUGAGGAAGGAAGCUGCAUGUCGGACGAUCCAAAAAGACUUGCGCAUGUAUCUUGCUAGGAAAGCUUACAACAGGUUUUGCUCUUCAGCUCUUUCUAUUCAAACAGGUAUGCGAGCGAUGGGUGCUUGUAAUGAGCUUCGUUUCAGGAAGCAGACUAAAGCUGCAAUUAUUAUCAAGAGUCGAUGCCGAGGAUACUUAGCCCACCUUCAUUAUCUGAGGAUAAAGAAAGCAGCAAUUUCAACACAAUGUGCCUGGAGAGGAAAAGUUGCCCGUAGAGAACUACGGAAGCUUAAAAUAGCUGCUAAGGAAACUGGUGCUCUCCAAGCUGCUAAAACUAUGCUGGAAAAGCAAGUUGAAGAGCUGACCUGCCAACUCCAGCUGGAGAAACGCAUGAGGGCUGACAUUGAGGAAGCCAAAACACAGGAAAAUGCAAAACUGCAGAAUGCUUUGCAAGAGAUGCAAGUUCAAUUUCAAGAAACUAAAGAAAUGCUUAUCAAAGAACGUGAGAAUGCAAAAAAAGCAGAUGAGAAAGUACCUAUCAUACAAGAGGUUCCAGCUAUUGAUCAUGAAAUGAUGAAUAAGUUGACUGCUGAAAAUGAAAAGCUCAAGGAUUUGGUAAGUUCACUGGAGAAGAAGAUUGAUGAGACACAGAGAAAAUAUGAAGAAACAAACAAGAUCAGUGAAGAGCGCUUGAAACAGGCUUUGGAUGCAGAGUCAAAAAUAAUUCAGUUGAAAACUGAUAUGCAAAGACUUGAAGAAAAACUUUCUGACAUGGAAACUGAGGACCAAAUUCUGCGUCAGCAAGUAUCGUUGCAUUCUCCUGUUGGAAAAAUGUCGGAACAUUUAGCAAUAGCAUCUGAGCCGCACUUGGAAAAUGGUCAUCAUGGGACUGAAGAAAAAAAGACCAGUGAGCCUGAGAGUGCAACACCUGUGAAAAAGUUUGGUACAGAGUCUGAUAACAAGUUGAGGAAAUCCCAGAUUGAAAGGCAGCAUGAGAGUGUUGAUUCUCUUAUCAAAUGCGUGUCACAAGAUCUUGGGUUUAGUAAUGGAAAACCAGUUGCAGCAGUUACUAUAUACAAAUGUCUUCUGCACUGGAAAUCAUUUGAAGCUGAAAAAACAAGCGUAUUUGACCGUCUUAUUCAGAUGAUUGGUUCUGCAUUUGAGCAGAACCAGGAUAACAAUGAACAUAUGGCUUAUUGGCUAUCCAAUACAUCUACACUACUAUUAUUGCUUCAACGGAGUCUCAGAACUACUGGUGCAGCAAGUCUACAACAGAAACCUCCCCCUGCACCAUCAUUAUUUGGGAGGAUGGCUCAAGGGUUCCGCUCAUCCUUUUCUUCUGCAAAUGUUUCGGUAGAUGUAGUGCGUCAGGUUGAGGCUAAGUAUCCAGCUUUGCUUUUCAAGCAGCAACUCACAGCAUAUGUGGAGACGAUAUAUGGAAUUAUUCGAGACAAUUUGAAGAAGGAUUUGUCAUCUGUCCUUUCUUCUUGUAUCCAGGAACCAGAAACAUCUAGAGAAUCUUCUGGGCAGUCGCCGGGCAAUAGUCCUCUAGCUAGUCCAUGGCAGAGUAUCAUUAAGAGUCUAAAUGAACUUCUUAGUACACUGACAGAAAAUUUUGUGUCUCCAGUCCUUGUUCAGAAGAUCUUCUCUCAGAUAUUCUCUUAUAUCAAUUCACAGCUCUUUAAUAGCCUUCUGCUUCGUCGUGAAUGCUGCACAUUCAGAAAUGGGGAAUAUGUCAAGUCUGGGUUAGCUGAAUUAGAACUAUGGUGUGGCCAAACAAAAGAAGAGUAUGUAGGCUCAUCCUGGGAUGAACUUAAGCACAUAAGGCAAGCCGUUGGAUUCUUGGUCAUUCACCAAAAAUCCAGAAUUUCCUAUGAUGAUUUAACAAAUGACCUCUGCCCGAGCCUAAGUGUUCAACAGCUUUAUAGAAUAUGUACACUAUACUGGGAUGACAACUACAACACUCGAAGUGUCUCACCAGAUGUCAUUUCCAGCAUGCGGGAACAAAUGCCAGAGGACUCCAAUGAUACUGCCAGUGACUCUAAUGAUGCUGCUAGCAACUCAUUUUUGUUGGGUGACAAUUCCAGCAUUCCUUUCUCAGUUGAUGACAUUUCUAGUGCUAUUCAUGAGAAGGAUUUCUCAGAUGUAAAACCUGCUGCUCAACUUCUGGAGAAUCAAGCCUUCCAAUUUUUACAGGAUUAAAGGCCGUGGUUCUUUCAUUCUUUUUUCUAGCCUGCAAUGGCCACCACAUAAGAUGGUUACUGGUGUUCUUCCUGCCAGUGCCACAAUGUAGAUCCACCACCAUUUUUUGGUCAACACAGGUUUCUCCACUUGGCAACAUCCAUUGCCCUGGAUGUAAAAUUAUGCUCUUUUUUUUUUUUUUGUUGUUGUUGUUCUAAAAAAAAUUAGGGUUGUAAAAUUCAAUUAGGCUGAUUCAAAUAGUUUAAAAGGGGCAGGGAUGCGGUUUAAUCUUUUGCAUUUUCUUUAUAUUUGAUGGGACAAUGGGAGUGAACAUUCUUUGUAGGACUGGUAGGAGGCGUAUUUUUAAAUGUAGUGUGGUGGAAGGAGUUGCCCUUAAGAUCGCACUUCUCCAGCCCAGUGGGGAGCUGCUCUUAAAGAGAACUUUCUCCGGCACCCCAGAUUUUCAUUUUGUACAAAGCUGACAGAAUGUGGCAAGAUAUUUAUUGUAGUUCAACCUUUUGAUUAAACUGGUUUCAUUA